AUGUCCUUUGUCACACCCUCUAGACAGGGUAGUAAUGUCAGACGGUAUUCCAGACGGAUUCCACAUUCUGACCGGACAACCUCAGCAUCAGCAUUAGCAUCAGAACCAGUAUCUACUCCGAUAGCAUCAACAGACCGAAUAGCAGAGUCCUUAGCGGAGCGGCCUGCUUUUUUAGACUUAGGGUAUGAGGUGCGACCAGAUCCGGAACUUAAUCAAGCGUCAAAUAUUCCCAGUGUGGAAGAUUAUGGUAUGAUUCGUACGGCCGGCUUUGGUUCAGAAUUAAAGCAGGGCCAAUUGGAUUCCACUGCACCGUUCGACAUAACACAAGAAUUGCAGCGCCUAGAUCUAGAUUUGAACCUAAACUUAGAGCCUCUGGAUGUGAAACAUGGUAAUGGCAAUGCAAACUCUCGUGCCAAGACUGUUAAGGAUGGCAGUGGUGGUGGCCAUGGCUAUGGCCACCACCGCAAAAAAAUUCCUAAUUCGUUUCUGUCAUCGUUUCGGAUCCAUGAAGCUUUGGUCGAGAACCUGCAGAUUCUUCCCGAGAAACUUGUUCAUGAUCUAAAUCGUUGGGUCACAUGCUUUGUAUUAGUUCAGUUUGAUGUGGACGUAGGGCCAGAUUUGAAAAUCAUUCGUCCUGCUAUCCGAUUUUCUGAAGAAGAAUUUAAAACUAUUUGCUUUUCAUCCCUGCCCGAGCAUACCUCAAAUAACAACGGCGAAGAUGACGAUAACAUUGACAGGAUCAACCAGUUUCACACUUUUCGUUUCGUUCAUGGAACCACUACCAUGUAUGCGAACUGCUUUUUCUCGCAGUGCAGAGAUUCGUCCAGCUCUAGAGGCUAUUUGCAGGAGUCACUAGUAAUUAUCUCAAGACACUACUUCCCAUCACUAUUUCAGUCUUGCCUGAAUGAAAUCAUGGCCCCGCAUAAUAGCUUUUUAAACUGCUCUUUGGAUAGUAAAGUUCCUUUACUGGAUACUGCCAUUAAUAAUAUUGCACAGUGGCCGGACGUGGCUUACGAUAAACAGCUGGAGCUCGGAUUUUUAGGGUCAGUCAUUGAAACGACGCUUCCUCAAAAAAUUCUUGUUAAUCCAUUGAGCAACCAAAAUAUUUUAGAGUCAUGGGAGCACACUUUCAUAUCCAUGUUUCAAGAUUUGUCCGACCUGUACACUCUGUAUGAAUGUUUGCUUCUUGGUAGGCCGAUUAUAGUAUAUGCCCCUUCUCCACACCUUUGUUCUACGUUUAUCCAUACUAUCGUUGAUUUAAUAAGACCCGUCCCAUACAAUCGCAAUAUUCGUGAAUAUGUCACUAUACAUUCGUUUCCGACAAAUUUCAGUGAAGGAAUCAUAGGUUUUACCAACCCUUUUUUACUGAAGGGGAUAGAUUCAACGAGUGCACAACCUCGAUCUGAAAACCUGGCGCCAUCCACUUUGAAUAGUAUAUCCACGAGCAUUCCAUCAACUGUGGUUGCAGAGGCCAGUAGUGAAAUUGUGGACCGGCCCAGUGUUCCGUUUGUAUUUUUACUCUCGAAUAGCAUGUCAGCAUCAGCCGACCCUCAACUAGAAGAAGAGAAGAAGCUUCGCAAUCUAGUGAAACACUCCAACAGGUCUAUUACAAAGAACCGGUACCUAAUGCCGGAUUAUAAAUUUCUUGCCUCAAUAUCAAUGGCUAUGACAGCCAAACCCGAUCCGAAUGCUAAUUCUAUUGAUCAUCUAAUCCGAUUCCACUUUGCAACCCUUACUUCACGACUCAUAUCGCCGCUAUCUGCAUAUUUCGGGACUCAUCUUGAGUUUAAUGACCGCAUAUUUCACAGGGAGUUGGCAAAAGAAGAUUGGAACUCCAACCUGAACAAAUUAUUCAAUGUUCACUCCAGUCAAACAAUGCUUCACAAAAUCUCUGCGCGUGCUUCCUUCUUCACAUCAGUAUCUCGCACCACCACCACUACUUGUAAACAACUAUUUUACAGGGAAUUUGUGUCUUCCCCUAAUAUGGCACUCUGGCUUAAAGGCAACGGAGUGUCGCGUCGCGAUAUUGAUGCCACUCUCCCACCUCCUACCUCACCACAGUCUCCCAAGACACCCAAAACCCCAACUAGAAAGCUCUACUUCCUUUAA